GUAACGGAAGUGACGUAAAGGGCGCCAAUCCGGUUCCGGUUCCGGUGUGGGUGCGGGUGCGCGCGCAGACCGGGAUGAAGCUGCUGACCCACAACUUGCUGAGCUCCCACGUGCGUGGGGUGGGGCCCCGGGGCUUCCCGCUGCGUAUCCAGGCCACCGAGAUCCGCGUGAGCCCCGUGGACUUCAACCCAGACUUCGUGACGCGCAUGAUCCCCAAGAUGGAGUGGACGGCGCUGGUGGAAGCGGCCGAGAGCCUGGGACACCUGUCUGAGCUGCCCCGGGAGCUGGCGGAUGGCUAUGAGAAGGAUGAAGAGUUUCUGAGGAAGGUGCACCACGUCUUGUUAGAGGUGGAGGUGGUCGAGGGCACCCUGCAGUGCCCAGAAUCAGGACGCCUGUUCCCCAUCAGCCGAGGGAUCCCCAACAUGCUGCUGAGUGACGAAGAGUCCACAUCCUAGGCCUUGGAGCUUCCCACCCCCACGCCCAGUACCCAGACCACACAGAGCCCUGGGGGGGUGGUAUGAUUGCUGUUAUAUUUUUUUCCUCAUUAAAGGUUCAAAACUGAA